AUGUUUAGUGCUAUUAAGCUAGGAUUGAUUAUUUUUGUACUUAUUAAAGACAGCAACCUUUGUAUAGAAGCCCUGACCUUAAGCUUUAUUCUUAUUGGUGCAUGCGAAGCUUAUGAGCUAAUUUUUAGCUGCCUGGUUGUCAUCCCUCCCUUUUUAUUUCAUCAGAACGUUUCGCAAGGGACUAUAUAUGCAGGACAGCUGAUAUAUGAAUUGUAA